AUGGAGUGCUCGUUUGCUAUCACUGGAAAGGACUAUGUCAUAGUCGCUGCAGACACCACCUCAGCGCGGUCCAUCGUCAAGAUGAAGAUCGACGAGGACAAGAUCAAGACGCUCAGCCCACACUUGCUCAUGGCAUACUCCGGCGAACCCGGUGAUACUGUACAGUUUGCCGAAUACGUCGAGCGCAAUAUCCGCCUAUACCACAUCCGCAACGUCCACGGCCUGCGCCCGCAAAGCGCUGCAGCAUGGAUUCGGCGAGCACUCGCGAACAGCCUGCGCUCACGGUCACCAUACUCUGUGAAUCUGCUGCUGGGUGGAUACGAUAAGGCGGAAGAGAAGCCGCAUUUGUACUGGAUCGACUAUCUCGGGACACAGGCUACCGUGCCGUUCGCUUCGCACGGAUACGGCAGCUACUUUGCGCUCAGUUUGCUCGAUAGGUAUCACAACCCGGAAGGCACACUCGAGGAGGGUCUGGACACUUUGCGUCGGGUCAUCGACGAGACGGCGAAGCGUCUCGUUGUAGCGCCGGGAAACUACAAGGUCAAGGUUGUGGACAAGGACGGUGUCCGGGAAAUCACGCUGUAA